ACUGGCACCGAGAGCCGACCCACCCAACGGCCCAUUAGCCGCAGCGGCGAGACCCGCGAUUCGCUGAGCCCGAGCGCCCUAGAACCCCCCGCCGUGUCCGGCGACGACAACGACGACGACGACGACGCCGGCGAAGAGGAGGCGAGAUGGGCGUGGGGGGCAGCUUCUGGGACCUCCUGAAGCCGUACGCGCGGCAGGAGGGGCCGGGGUACCUCCGCGGCCGCCGCGUCGCCGUCGACCUCUCCUUCUGGAUCGUCUCCCACAGCACCGCCAUCCGGGCGCGCUCGCCGCACGCGCGCCGCCCCCACGUCCGCAACACCUUCUUCCGGACGCUCUCCCUCUUCGCCAAGAUGGGUGCUUUCCCGGUGUUCGUGGUGGACGGCGAGCCGUCGCCGCUCAAAUCGCAGGCCAGGGCCGCGCGCUUCUUCAGAGGCUCUGGGGUGGACCCGCCUGCGUCGUCCAGCGCGGAGGCGGAAGGGGACGCCAGUGCCCCGGCGCCGGUGAAGGCCAGAAACGCUAUGUUCACGCGAUGCGUCAAGGACUGCGUGGAAUUGCUUACAAAUCUUGGGAUGCCAGUAUUGUGGGCAAAGGGUGAAGCCGAAGCCCUUUGCGCUCAGUUGAACAAUGAGGGUCAAGUGGAUGCCUGCAUUACUUCAGACAGUGAUGCUUUUCUCUUUGGAGCUAAGACUGUCAUAAAAGUGAUGCGGUCGAAUUGUAAGGAACCUUUUGAGUGCUACAACAUAGCAGAUAUUGAGUCUGGGAUUGGAUUGAAGAGGAAACAAAUGGUGGCCAUGGCACUUCUUAUCGGCAGUGACCAUGAUUUGCAUGGCGUGCCUGGUUUUGGUGUCGAGACUGCACUUCGAUUUGUGCGGUUAUUUGAUGAAGAUCAGAUUUUAGAUAAAUUACAUGAAAUUGGUAAAGGAAUCUAUCCAUUCCUAGAAGGAUUUGACAAGGCCCAUGUUGAUGAUCUACCAUCACCAUCCACACAGAGCCCAUCAGUCGCGAGAUCGCCUCACUGCUCACACUGUGGUCACCCCGGUAGCAAGAAAAAUCACAGCAAGACUGGAUGCAAUUAUUGCUUGGUGGAUUCAUUAGAAUUUUGCAUGGAAAAACCAGCUGGUUUCGUAUGCGAAUGUCCUAGCUGUGAGAAGGCACGUGAUCUGAAAGCACAGAGAAGACAUGAGAAUUGGCAAAUCAAGGUGUGCAAAAGAUUAGCUGCUGAGACAAAUUUCCCAAAUGAGGAGAUAAUUAAAUUGUAUCUAUCUGAUGACAAUUUAGACAGAGAGAGUGCUGAUCCAAAGCUUGAGUGGACUGAGCCUAAAGUUGAUGAUUUGGUUGACUUGCUAACUUAUAUGCAGAACUGGGAGCCAUCGUAUGUCCGCCAGCACAUGCUCCCUAUGCUAUCAACUAUAUAUUUACGCAAAAUGGCUUCCUCUCCAUGCAAAUCAUUGCUUCUCUGUGACCAAUAUGAAUUCCAUUCGAUUCAACGUAUUAAGAUAAAAUAUGGCCACUCUUAUUACUUGGUCAAAUGGAAGAGGGCCACUGGUGGUAUUGUUUCUGGUGGUGCGUCUCACAAGCCAGAGUUAGAUGGGGAGAGUCGUGCUGAGGUGGUGGUUUUGGAUGAUGACGAGGAGGAAGAGGAGGCAACAGUGAAUAUUGAAUCUUCCGACUCGUUGGAUGAGCCAGAUCUGCCACAAGUGCUCAGGGAUGAUGAUCAAGUAUUUCUAUUGACUGAUGAAGAUAUACAGCUCGUGAAUGCUGCAUUUCCUAACGAUGCAUGGCGGUUUCAGGAAGCGCAGAGGCUGAAAGAUGCAAAAUCAAGAUCACGGAAAUCCAAGCUGAGCCUAGCAGAGAGCAUGCUGGAGACGCCAAAGGGCCCAAGACCCAGCGGGGUUCAGCUCAGCAUCAAGGAGUUUUACCGGUCGAAGAAAGCGGCGGGAGACGAAGCCGGGAAGAAGCCGGUCGUCGAGGGCGAGACGUCGUCGUCCAGAGCUGGCUCGAGAAGAUCACCGCCGGUGGACCUGACAAAAAGGAUGCCCAAGUCGCUGCGACGACGCCUGCUGUUCGACUGAGACAGCCCGCGGUUGGGUUCUCCUGACGGUACUUUUGCUGCCACUGCUGUACAUGCUCUCGGUGAAUGUGUUGGUGUUUCUCUUGGCCCCUUAGAUGUAAAUUAAUUAUGUAGUCCAUCUUCUGUAUAGUGAAGACGCGAUCUUAUUAUUGUGGAGGAAAGAGAGCAGGCUUUUGUUUUAGUUGAACUCGAGUGUUGCAGCCUCUUGUGGUGUGUGCUGUGAUUACCAGGCCAGAUACUGUUGUUGAUGCUAUUUUUGUAGAAUUACAGCAUGUAGAGCCCUUUUUUCUA